AUGUCUUCAGCCAAGGAGUCUACUGGACCGUCUAGCUCAUCUUCAGAUGAGAAACACGACGCUAAACAUCAUCAUGUCGUACCCACCGUAGUUGCCGAGAAGGAGGGCGCAAAGCUUAUGGAAGUGAAGAAUGCUGACCUUGCGGUGGCCCUCACAUCAACUCAACUGGAUCCACUCAGCCGAGCGUCCAUCCAGCUCUAUCUUAUCUUGGUAGUCGCAUUCAUGGGCAGCAUGUCCAAUGGUUUUGACGGUCAGGUCAUGGGUGCUGUGAAUGGCAUGAACCAAUAUUUGAAUUAUUUCGGAAUCUCUGGAGCCGAUGCGGGCGGAGGAGUCGGGACAGCUACUGCUCUUAUCUUUGGUAUUGUAAGUGUUAUCGAUCGAAGUAUUGUCGGUGUUCUACUAGCGGGGCCUCUAACAGAUGGUAAAUUCGGACGACGGGGUGGGAUGUUUAUCGGAGCCACGAUCAUUUUAAUAGGCGCUAUUACCAUCACCACAGCACUAGAUAAACCAUACCUUCUGGGUGGACGGUUUGUUCUUGGAUUGGGUGUGUCCAUCACCGCGACUGCCUGUCCUUCAUACGUUGUUGAAAUGGCUCCCCCUCAGUGGAGAGGACGAUUGACCGGACUAUUCAAUACGUUUUAUUAUGCGGGAUCUAUGCUCUGUACCGGAAUUUCUAUUGCUACUGCUCGUUUGAGUACCACUACAUCUUGGAGGGCUCCCCUCGCGAUUCAAAUUGUGCCUGCAGGCAUUCUGGUCUCUUUUGUGUGGUUUCUACCUGAAUCUCCGCGAUGGUAUGUUUCCGCAGGAAAAGUCGACAAGGCUGCCGAGGUCCUUGCAAAAUAUCACGGAAAUGGGGACGUGAAUGCUCCAUUAGUACAGUUAGAGCUUAAAGAGUUCGAAGAAUCAAUCAAACUCGAUGCUUCAGAUAAGCGAUGGUGGGACUACUCCGAGCUUGUUAACACUUCAAAUGCUCGGUACCGGACACUCAUGAUGCUCAUGAUGGGCUUCUUCGGACAAUGGUCUGGAAAUGGUCUUGGCUAUUUCUUGACUGUUCUUUUCAAAAAUGCUGGGGUGGAAUCUCAGGAGCGUCGGCUGGUCUUGAACUUUGUCAACACUAUUGUUUCUGCCAUCGGAGCAUCUAUUGGUACAUCCCUCUGUGAUACACUUGGAAGACGAACUAUGUGGUUCUGGGGCACAUUCGCUAGCGCAUCCACUUUGAUUAUCGUAACCGUUUGUACGGCCUUGUUUGGACAAAAUAGCGCCAAUCCUGACGGUGCAAAUGCCGCCAUUGCGUUCAUUUUCCUAUUCGGAUUUGUUUUCAGCUUCGCAUACACACCCCUUCAAGCCCUGGUACCAACGGAAUGCCUGGCAAAUAACACUCGCGCCAAAGGAAUGGCAAUGUAUUCGUUAGCGGUUAGCUGUGCAGGUCUCGUCGGAAAUUACGCAGGACCCAUCGCACUGCAAAACAUUGGUUGGAAGUAUUACAUUGUCUAUGUCUGCUGGGAUAUUUUUGAGUGUACGAUGAUCUGGUUCUUCGCAGUGGAGACUAGGGGGAGAACCCUUGAGGAACUAAACGAGAUAUUCGAAAGUCCCAAUCCCGUCAAAGCUUCUCUAGCCAAGAAAAAGAUUGCAGUGGUCGAGAAAGGUGGGCAGGUAGAAGUGAUGCACGUGGAGAACGAGAUAGUCUGA